AUGCGAGGUACACAGUGUCUGGGGCGGAAGGCCAGGGGCACAGCUGGUACUCCGCCGACUCUCGCCUCGCCUCGCCUCGCCUCGCCUCACCUCGCCAAGUUCAACUAUGACGCCUUUUACAACGCCGAGCUCGAGAAGAAGCACAAGGACAAGUCGUACCGCUACUUCAACAACAUCAACCGGCUCGCCAAGGAGUUCCCGCGCGCGCACAUGGCCAACAAGGAGGACCGUGUCACCGUCUGGUGCGCCAACGACUACCUCGGCAUGGGCCGCAACCCCCACGUGCUGCGCACCAUGCACGAGACGCUCGACGAGUACGGCUCGGGCGCCGGCGGCACGCGCAACAUCUCGGGCCACAACAAGCACGCCGUCGAGCUCGAGGCGACGGUGGCCAAGCUGCACUCCAAGGAGGCGGCGCUCGUCUUCAGCUCGUGCUACGUCGCCAACGACGCGACGCUCGCGACGCUCGGCAGCAAGAUGCCCGACUGCGUCAUCCUGUCCGACAGCCUCAACCACGCGUCCAUGAUCCAGGGCAUCCGCCACUCGGGCACCAAGAAGAUUGUCUUCAAGCACAACGACGUGGCCGACCUCGAGGCCAAGCUGGCGUCGCUGCCGCUGCACGUGCCCAAGAUUAUCGCCUUUGAGUCGGUCUACAGCAUGUGCGGCUCGAUCGGGCCCAUCGAGGCCAUCUGCGACCUCGCCGAAAAGUACGGCGCCAUCACGUUCCUCGACGAAGUGCACGCCGUCGGCAUGUACGGCCCGAGCGGCGCCGGCGUGGCCGAGCACCUCGACUUUGAGACGUACAAGCGGGGCGGCGACACGCGCGGCACGAUCCAGGACCGCGUCGACAUCAUCACGGGCACGCUCGGCAAGGCCUACGGCUGCGUCGGCGGCUACAUUGCCGGCAGCGCGCGGCUCGUCGACAUGAUCCGGUCGCUGGCGCCGGGCUUCAUCUUCACGACGUCGAUGCCGCCGGCGACCAUGGCCGGCGCCAAGACGGCCAUUGAGUACCAGAUGGGCUACAACGGCGACCGCCGCCUGCAGCAGCUGCACACGCGCGCCGUCAAGGAGGCGCUCGGCGCGCGCGACAUUCCCGUCAUCCCGAACCCGUCGCACAUUAUCCCCAUUCUCGUCGGCAACGCCGAGCUCGCCAAGCGCGCCUCGGACAUGCUGCUCAGCGACUACCAGAUCUACGUCCAGUCCAUCAACUACCCGACCGUGCCCGUCGGCCAGGAGAGGCUGCGCAUCACGCCGACGCCGGGCCACACGAAGGAGUUCCGCGACCAGCUCGUCGCCGCCGUCGACGCCAUCUGGACCAAGCUCGACCUCAAGCGCACGUCGGCCUGGGCUGCCGAGGGCGGCUUCAUCGGCGUCGGCGAGGCCGAGGGCGCCGCCACCGAGCAGCCGCUGUGGACGGACGGCCAGCUCGGCAUCGAGGCCGCCGUCGACGAGAUCAAGGCGUCGGGCCACGGCGCCGCGGGUCUCACCGAGGCUCUCCUCGCGCGCGAGGCCACGGCGUAGCGUGUGGGCUGAGGCCAGGGGCGUUUUGCGUCUCCGUUCGUUUGCAGGUUGCAUUGGCACAUGUUGCACGCACUCGCUGCAUGACGUGCCUUGGCUUGCUCUGCCUGUGCUCUGUGGGCCCCACGUCGUGACUGACAAGGGCCCGACUUUCUCUUCGAAACGGAUGCAUAUAUGAUGCGUACCGUCCCAUCCAGCUACCGCUGUGGUGGUGAUUUGAAUAAAAUGACAUGUGGCCCUCACCCGCUGAGGGCCACAGUUCUGCCACCGUCAGGUUGCAGGCCACACACUUUUUGUCCCCC